GUCCAUUGCUUGCAGUUCCUGAUAUAUGAGGUGGUAUCAGGUGGUAAUAUGAGGAAGCCAGGGGGACUAUUUGGAAAUUGUGGCUCUGAGAUUCCUGUUAAUGAUUUAAAGCAAUUGGAGACCUUCUUCUACAAGCUUAGCUUUUUCCUGCACAUACUAGACUACACAGGUUCUUGA